GGCAUCUGGAAGCCUUUCAGAAGGACGGCGAUGGGGAACUGGGCCCUGGCGUGCACGGUGUUUUGCAGCCUAGUCGCUGCAACCCUGGUCUCAGCUGAUGAAGACUGCAAGUGGUACAUAGACAGAAAUGGCUCCUGGCACCGUAGCAUAGACUGCAACUUCCCUUCUUUCUGCUGUGGUGACUGCUACCAUCGCUUCUGUUGCUUUGAUAUCAGGAACCUUCUCACUGAACGGCAGCAGAAGCACUGCAUGGCCUUUGGCCCGAGGACCAUUGCUGGCAUCGCUUCAGCUGUGAUUCUCUUUGUGGCCAUUGUUGCCACCAUUGUCUGCUGCUUCCUGUGCUCCUGCUGCUAUUUGUACCAGCGACGGCAUCACAUGCAGACUCCUUAUCAAGGUCAGGAGAUUCCGCUUUCUGGUUAUCCCAAUCAGCCGCCAGACCCUUAUCCCAUGGAUCCAAAAGCAGGGCCAGCAUUUCAUCCUGGAUAUGCCCCUGUGUUUCCCUACCCACCUACAGUUCCAGCACAGUAUCCUCUAUAUCCAUCUGGGCCACCAUACUACAAUCCUUCAGCUCCCCCACCAUACAUCCCACCGCAACCAACACAGCCUAGCACUUGAGAAGAACCUUGGAGGACUAAUCAAGAGAAGCUUUCUCUAUGGGCCUGCUAACUCCCUUUUUACAGAACCUGUAGGGGGACUCCUACUGUCCUGAAACUCCAGCCUGUGUCAGUAUUUGCCAGUGUUUUUUUUUUAAUUAGUUAUUCUGCAUGGUAGGAAGCAUUGUGACUUUUAAUUCUUUUCUCCACUCAAUCCAGAUAUUGAGAGAAUCACCUUGUCCUCCUCACUUCCUGUGUGGUUCAGGAAGUAGCUGAUGAUUACAAAUGCAAGUGCACAAAGCUGGUGUAAGCACUAUAUGUAUUAUGUAUAAUUUGACAGAUUUCCCCUCUCUGAAACCAAACUUUUCAGAGGGAGUGGGUAGGCAGAUUGCCUCCAGGGUUUUGCAAAGAACUAAGUGAAACACUCUUUCCCUAAACUGCCAGGAGCUCAAUUUUAGUUCCAUUCUUCAUAAUUUCCAGGUAAUGUUUUGUGUCUUAAGAAAUCCCCGAGGCCUAAGAUGGAUAUACGUAUUGAAGGUCUGAAGAUAUUUGGUGCUGCUAAAGAUCCUUACACUAAGUAGAUCUUGAUCAGAAUCUGGAGGAGAAACUGCUUGAAAGCCCAUAAAGAUUCCCAAAUAAAGCUGUAAGUGCAAUUAAUACAUACGAAAAGUAGAUGAGCCUAGACAGACUUUUUUAAAGAUGAGAUGAGGAAUAGACAAGAGAAGGCACGUUGUCUUUGGUGCUCCGCAGCACAGAAUGAUAACAAGUCCAAUAUUUGAAGGUAGAGAAAUCAAACUGUGAGCAUUUCAUAUACAAGUGAAAGUACAGAUUUUCUAUGUUUUUCAAGGGAAAAAAUGGGAGAUAAAGUAAUUUUAUCAAUUGAACAUAAUUUGGAUUUUCAGAGGGAUUUUUUAAAGGAUUUCUCUACUGGAUUGAAAUUUCUUUUGUGCAUUCCACACCAAUCUAAUGAGAGUUAACCUUUCACCAUCAUAUUCUUUCACCAUUGUAUUAUAACUUUCAGCAUAAACUGCCCUCAUAGUAAUAUGAAAUCUCAACAUUUGAAAAGAUAAAGUAAGCAUAAAUUAGAUUGUGAAUUCUUUGCAGAGGUACCUUGUUGAGUUCACACAUAUCCGUUAACUCACUGUAAAGAAAUCAUAUUGCCCAUUUCCCAAGGUAGAGAAAGGAACAAAAACAACCUGCCAAGAACUGGCAUUUCAGAUGAGCAGGGGCAGAAUUCAAACAGGCUUAAAAAUGGUUCAGCAAUGCCAUUAGGGGGUGCCUUGGUUAAACUACCGAUAUGAUAGUUGGGCGGCCAUUUGGAGGAGUGUUGAAAUCUUAGUCCAUUCUUUCCUGGUUCCAUUUCUAUACAAAUCCUUUCCACCAACAUUCAAAUAGGUUGAUCUAGAAUUUCCAGCAUUUCUGGCUAACACAGCUUCCCCCAAUCUGGGCAUUCUCCAUGGUUUCUGUUUUAAAUCCCAGAACUCAUCAACCAGCAUCUUUCACUUUUAUUUUUAUGCAAAUAUGAAGAGAGGACAAUAUCAUUUAGGAUACUUGCUGUUUUUGUUUAUAGUCACUGCCCAACAGUAACUAUAAGAAUUUAUUUCAAACCUUUUGUGUUUUCUCCCACAGUGAGACUCCUACCUGUUCUUUCAUAAUAUUUUAACUCAGUUUAGUCUCCUUUCUUUUCACUAAGAAAGGUUAAGAUUAGCUAGCCCCUUUACUUGUCCUGAAUCCAACCUCUCAAAUUUGCCUCUGAUCAAUUAAUUGUACUCGUGAAGCAUGGGAAUGCCUAGUAAGAAAUGGGUGCCUAUUAUUUAUGCAGUGUAGCCUAUUUCUCCUGAAAGUCUUUAGUGUUUAUUGUGGCUCAAUCUGCAUUUUAUUGUGUGCAAAAUCUAAUAUUCUGCCACUGGAAUGUUGCGGAGAACACUGGAAUUCUCUGUUUUCUUCCUGACUAUGUCAGUCUGGCCAUUCUAGGGGAGGCUCAUAGAUAUCUAGAAUAGAAAGCCAUUUGUGGUAUAGUUUAGAAGCUGCUGCAGAAUAGUAUGUUUUGCACAUUCCUGUUGCAUUCUUGCUGCAUGGCCAUAUUUAUCAAUCUGCCACUACAUCUCAUUGUUCUUUCCAAACAUCAGCAACAUUUAGUGUGAUGAGAUAAGGUUGGACAGUCCCACUUAUUCCUCCCCACCUGCUGAAGGGAUAUUAACUUUGCACCUGCCAGUAUUGCAAAGGCUGUAUUUAAAUUAUUUGGAGCACACAGAGAAAGCCUGGGAAGCAAGACAAAUGCAUGAUGCUUCAACCAGUGUAUAAAGACAAUUCCCAUGCAAGAAAAUGAAAAGGCCACCAUGUGCUACAAUGCCCACUAAUUUCAUGGCUUCCAGUAACUGGGAAAAUGUUUUAGUCCAGGUGAAGAAGCCAUACAUUGGGCAUACACCUUUUGAUGUUGCACAGAGCUCUGCAAAACCAAAGUGUUUAGCAAUGCUGAAGCAACACAGUGUAGACAUCUUCUCCAUGCAUUUGACCAUUUUUGAGUCCUACAAGAACAUUUUGGAGGAAGGAGUUAAUUGAGUCAGCCCUUUUGCUCAAACCACAUUCCCACUGUGUGGGAAUGGCCUGCUGAAUUGCAGCAACAGUUGCAACGCUGUCUCUUAUUCUAAUCAGAAUGGCAAACAUUUGCUUUGCAAAAUGUUCGUUACAAUGUGGAUUAAAGUUGUAAAUACUGAUUAAGUUAC